CUAACCGCUGGACGACAACGGAAUCAUUGAUCGCUUAAGCAAUGAUUUCCAUACUAUCCAAGAUGACCCUCCGCUUAUAUUCAUCUUCCCAUGCAGAGGUCGGCGGAUUAUGGCGACGUUAAUCCGACCCAUCAACUUCAGCUCUACUUCAAUCCCCACGACUCCUCUCAGUCUCAAGAAAGCUCACAGAACCCCACUACUCAAGGUCCCGCAAAAGCCGACAAGCUUAGAAGAAGCGGUUUUAUCCCUAACCAAUAAAUUAGCAUUCACUGACACAUGCAAUUCUUUAGAUGAAGCUUACUCGUUACUCCUUGAUCAUUGUACUAACCGCAACUCUCUAUCACUUGGAAAACAAAUUCAUUCCCAUAUAAUAAAGCGGUACAGUGCCGAUGAUUUAGUGUUCUUGAACACUAAGCUUGUGUUUAUGUAUGGGAAAUGCGGGUCUUUGUUCGAUGCCGAGGAGCUGUUUGAUGAAAUGUAUGAUAGAAGUAUUUUUACUUAUAAUGCUAUGCUCGGUGCUUAUAUUUCAAAUUGGGAGCCUCAAAAAGCAAUUGAAUUGUAUGCGGAUAUGCGGUUCUUUGAUAUUCUUCCAGAUGCACACACUUGUAGUUGCGUAUUAAAGGCGUGUGCUGGAGUUGAAGAUAUAUGUUCUGGAAGAGAGAUUCAUGGAUACGUGAUAAAGUGUGGGCUUGUCUGUAAUGAAAUUAUUGUGAAUUCUCUUGUUAGUAUGUAUGCUAGGUGCAAUAAUAUAAAUGCAGCUGAGUUUUUGUUUGCUAGGAGUGGAAGACGAGAUGUUGUGAUGUGGAACUUAAUGAUUUCUGCAUAUGUUACCACUGGGAUGAGGAAAGAAGCAUUGAGGGUCUUUGCAGAAAUGCAGAAUGCUGCUAUCAUUCCAAGCACAUAUACUUUUGUUGCUGCUCUUCAGGCCUGUCAGGAGCUAUUGUCUGGAAUGCAAAUUCAUGCUCUUGUAUUGAAAUCUGGUCUCUCUUCUGAUAGAUAUGUUGCGAAUGCUUUACUUGUUAUGUACUCAAAGUGCAGCAGAAUUGAUGACGCUACAAGAGUUUUUGGGGACAUGGGUGAUAGAGAUAAUGUUUCUUGGAAUUCAAUGUUAGCAGCUUAUGUGCAAAAUAAUCUUUAUGAUGAAUCACUAGGAUUCUUCCGUGAGAUAACAGGGGCUGGUCAGCUACCGGACCAAGCUUCAAUUAUUAGUGUUCUUUCAGCCUGUGGCAGAUCAGGGAACCUGUUGAAUGGAUUGGAGAUUCAUGCUUUUGCUUUGAAAAAUGGAAUGGAAUUGGAUCUUCAAGUGAGCAACACAAUCAUAGACAUGUAUGCAAAGUGUUCCAAGACAAGUUUUAUGGGCUCUGCUUUCCAGAGAAUUCCCCAAAAAGAUCAUAUUUCCUGGACAACAAUUAUAGCUGGCUAUGUUAAUAAUUUUUGUUAUGUGAAGGCCUUGGAAUCAUUCAUGGAAGUGCUGGUACAAGGGAUUGAGAUUGACAAAAUGAUGAUUGAAAGUGUUCUCCUUGCUUCUCGUGGGUUGAAAUGCAUUUCACUAGCAAAAGAGAUCCAUGGUUAUGUAGUGAGAAGAGAAUUAUCUGAUAUUGUCUUGUGGAACACUUUUGUGGAUGUAUAUGGAGAGUCUGGAGAGGUGGAUUAUGCAAGAAAUAUCUUUGAACUAAUUGAAGUUAAAAAUGUUGUAUCCUGGACAAGCAUGAUAGCUUGUUAUGUCCAAAAUGGACUUGCAUAUGAGGCUCUUGGACUUUCUUUGCACAUGGUUAAAUCAGGUGUAGAGCUGGAUUCCGUUGCACUUUUGAGUAUUCUCUCAGCUGCUGCUGAUUUAUCAGCACUGAGGAAAGGUAAAGAGGUUCAUGGUUUUCUGAUUAGGAGGUGCCUGCAUUUAAGGGAAUCCAUUGCAAGCUCGCUUGUAGACAUGUAUGCAAGCUGUGGUGCUGUAGAUAACUCAUAUAAGGUAUUCAAUAGCACCAAGGAUAAAGAUUUAGUUUUAUGGACGAGCAUGAUUAAUGCCUAUGGAAUGCAUGGCCAGGGUGUAACAGCUAUUGAAUUAUUUAGAAAGAUGGAAGCUGAGAAUCUUCGUCCUGACCAUAUUGCCUUUUUGGCACUUCUCUAUGCAUGUAGUCAUUCUUCGUUGGUUGAUGCAGGCAAAAGAUAUUUUAAUAUCAUGCAAUGUCAGUAUGACUUGGAACCGUGGCCUGAACACUAUGUUUGUUUGGUUGAUCUGCUUGGUCGUGCAAAUUGUUUGGAAGAGGCAUUUGAACUUGUCAAAAGCAUGAAAUUGGAGCCUACAGCUGCUGUUUGGUGUGCUCUCCUUGGUGCUUGCAGAACUCAUUCUAACUUGGAAAUAGGAGAAACAGCUGCAAGGAAGCUUCUUGAAAUGGACCCAGAGAAUCCAGGAAAUUAUGUGCUUAUUUCUAACGUAUAUGCUGCAGCAGGGAGAUGGGAAGAUGCGGAGCAAGUGAGGAUGAGAAUGAAAGUUAGAGGACUGAAAAAGGACCCAGGAUGCAGUUGGAUUGAGGUUGGAAACAAGGUUCAUAUAUUUAUUACGAGGGACAGGUCCCAUCCGCAGUAUGAUGAAAUUUAUGACCAACUCUCUCAGAUCACUGAGAAAUUAGAGACAGAAGGAGGUUAUAAAGCCCAAACUAGCUAUGUGCUACAUAAUGUGGAGGAGAAAGAGAAAAUGAAGAUGCUUCAUGGCCAUAGUGAAAGGCUUGCUUUAGCCUAUGGUCUACUCACCACUUCCCAGAGAACGCCAAUCCGGGUCACGAAGAACCUACGAGUUUGCGGUGAUUGCCACACUUUUACAAAGCUUCUCUCAAAGCUUUUUGAACGAGAAAUAAUUGUAAGAGAUGCCAACAGAUUUCAUCAUUUUAGAGAUGGUGUUUGUUCCUGUGGAGAUUUCUGGUGAUUACUGAAACACAGAAUCUUCUUUGAUGACUAAUUGGUGAAAAUCCACUAUUAAUGGCAUUAAUUCUUGUUCUUGAUAUCUCAUCAUAUAUGAAGGGGAAACUGAGCUUCGGCUACCA